UUGAUUUUUCAAUCCGUACUCGUCUUCUCAGUCUUCACUCUUCUCGCUCUCUCAAAUCUAAUUUCCAAUUCAAAGAUUUUUAGGUUUUCUCUUUUCUCCAUCAAUUGAAAAUGAGUUCCACUGCUACAACCAAGGGUGGAAGAGGCAAGCCGAAGGCCUCCAAAUCUGUUUCAAGAUCCUCAAAGGCCGGACUUCAAUUUCCAGUAGGUAGAAUUGCAAGAUUCUUGAAGGCCGGAAAAUAUGCCGAACGUGUUGGUGCCGGUGCUCCUGUCUACCUCUCCGCCGUUCUUGAAUAUCUCGCCGCUGAGGUUUUGGAAUUGGCUGGGAAUGCUGCUAGGGACAACAAGAAGACUCGUAUUGUUCCAAGGCAUAUUCAACUUGCUGUUAGGAAUGAUGAAGAACUUAGCAAGCUUUUGGGAACUGUAACCAUUGCUAAUGGCGGCGUUUUGCCCAAUAUUCAUAACACUUUGCUCCCUAAGAAAGCUGGAAAAGGACAAGGAGAAAUUGGAUCUGCUUCUCAAGAAUUUUAGGAAUUCUGUGUUUUUUUAGUAGUCAUAGUUUUAUUUUGACAAAAUAUCAUAAGCAACUUAAAACAUAUUUUUGUUCUUAAGUAAAUUGAAAGUCUAUUCUAAAUGUUAAAAUUCUGCCAAAAUAAUAAUUUUGUUGAACGAA